AUGACACAUGGGCUGUGGGAACGAAAAAAGGAGGAAAGGUGGGAAGAGAAUAGAAUGGAAAGCGAUGCAAUGCAAUGCGAUGGAAGAGAAGGGAAAUGGAGGAGAAUUUGCGACUCUUUGACAAAUUGCUCACACGCUUACAACAAACUCACCAAUCGUGCAAAGACCUUUGCUCAGCCGAAAUGUCCUCUUCCAAUCCCCGCUCAUACCAACGUCGUUUGCAAGAAUACUCCAUCGUUGCCUCUUGAUGGAGGUCUAAUUCAGGUGGCAUUAUCACCUACUCCGCAUAUUCUGCUCGACGAAGAUCCGCCUCAACUGAAGCAGUCAAACACUCUCAGAAGGUCCGCAGCUGUUUCAUUCACCUCACCUUAG